AUAUAUGUAGGUAAUCUUAUCUUAUCGCGUCAGACAUAUUUGUGCUGGUGUGUUUCGGUUGUACGUCGUGUGAAAAGAUAAUGUGUUAAAUUUACGACAGAAGAAUAAAUUUGAGGGAGACCUAUGUCUUCAGUAUCUGCCUUAAUUUCGCACUUCGAAAAUAAAGGUAGCACUAUGGACUCCAGAACAGUCAAGUUAUCGAGAAAUAAGAGUAAGUCUCUGCACGAAAACCACUCAAGUAAAGUGAAACGGCUCGUCGCAGAACUGACAGAUAUAAAACGACCUGCAAAUAAACAAAAAUUGACAACAGAAAAUAUUAGUACAGAAAUAAAAUACCAGACACUGCCCAAAAAUUUUAAAAACGCCAAAAGUACUACUAUGACAAACGAAAGAAAGAUUUACAGAAAAGUGACUAACAGUAUAAAUGAGGUAGAACGUGACUCUGUCAAAAGUGUCAGCAUUGUUAAUUCUAUUAAGCAAAAAUUUUUGGAAGAAUCUAAACAAGAGAUUGAAAAGAAGGUAGAAGAAUUUGGUGAAUUACUUAAACACAAAAGACAACACGUACAGAUAUCAGAACAUCCAUAUGAUAUUUGCGAACAAUCAGGAUCCAGUCAAGAAACAACAGAUGAUACAGAAGAAGUCGCGUACAAUGUUCACUGGCGAGAUAAAGAAGAAACAGUUGAAGAUAUGUUUGGUGUCAAUACGUUUGAAGAUAGUGAGAAUGACAAUUUUAUAACGGAAGCUUAUAAUAAAAAAGGUUUUGAACUUGUAAUUGUUGCUUUAGAUAUAAAACGUCGUACUGUGAUACACAAUGAAAUUGACGAAGAAGUCCAGAAUUUAAUCAAUCGUUCGGAUUAUGUUUUUCAUGAAAACAUUUAUGACAGCAGGAGCAGCAGUAGCAGCAGCAGCAGCAGUAGUAGCAGCAGCGGUAGCAGCAGUAGCAAUUCAAGUGCAAUGUAUGAAAAUGUCAUCAACGAAUAUGAAAAGGAAGAAAAUAUGUUUGAGCCUUCAAAGUUCUUAUACAACAGUUUCAUACAGAAUUCAGAUUCACGUUCAGAGAAAGAUAUCCUUUGUGACGAACCUCAUCCAUCCUCAUUUUAUUUUGAGCAUUAUGACAAGAACACAAGUAAUAAGGAAAUAGAGGACGAAGAAGAAGAAGAAGCAGAACACGACGAAAUAGAUCGUACCUAUGAAAACAUGAGCAAUUUCUCCACAUGCGAAGAUAUUUCUGAUAUACCAGUUGAAAAUUCUUUCCCAGAAACAGAAAAAAAAGAAAAGAUAGAUCAUUUAUUAGAAGAAAUAAAAAGCACAGAAAAAACUUAUAUUGCUGGACUGAUGAAAGUAGUCAAAGACUAUAUGCCAUUUUUACAUAAAAAUACACCACAGGACCUUAUUGGGCGUACUGCUUAUCUUUUUGGAAACAUAGAAGAAAUCUAUGAAAACGCAGUAACAUUUUAUAACUUAAUGAAAAAAAAUAGUGAAGACCCAGACAGUUUAGCACAGAUAUUUAUUGAUUCGGCUUCUAUGUUUGAACUGUAUCCUUUGUAUUCAAAAAACAAACCCACGGCGGACAUAUACUUCAAACAGUUUGAAGAAGUUAUUAAGAUUCGACAAAAACAACUAGGUGAUAAAUUAGGGUUGGCAAGCUUCUUACUCACUCCUAUACAGAGACUAGGAAAAUAUGUAAUAUUGUUGGAAACAAUUCAAAAGGAGUUAAAGAAAUCCAAUAAACCUGUGGAAACAGCAACUAAGGCAAUUGACUUUGUAAGAAGUGUAAUGCGAAAAGGAAAUGAUUUUAUUGCAAUAGAUUCUAUAAAGGACAGUCCAGUUGAUUUGACAGGAAAAGGAUCGUUUAUAAUGAGAGGCACAUUUAUGAUUCUAAAACCAAGAAAAUUUCAAUCUAUGGUGUUUCUAUUCCAAAAUAUAAUUGUAUUUACUGAAAAAGCCUCAAAAACUGCAGAACAUUUUAAGUAUUACGAAAGCAUUGCAUUGAGUGAUCUAAGUUUGGGAAAGUGCGAAGAGAAACCAAAUGUAUUUAAUCUGACAAAUUAUACUAAAUCGAAAAAAAGCCACUCAGAUGCUACGUUUAUUUUACAAGGAGAAUCCCCCAAAGUUAAAAACGACUGGACGGACACAAUAGAAAAUAUCCUGUGGAGUCAAUUAGAAAAAGCUAAAGAACAACAAACUAAAAUGAACCACACGGGUCCCAAACACACUCCUAAAAUUUCUACAUCAAAUGGCACCAUACGAAGACAAAAGAAAUAUCAAACAAAUGCCAAAGCCAAGUCUAAGUUUUAUGACCAUCACCAUUCAUGACAUUUUCGACGAACUGCAUACAAGAUUAAUGUAUUGUUAAUAUAUGUAAUUUCAAAGAAACAAAGGUAUUAAUAUAUUUAUGAAAGAUAAACUAAAUUGUUGUAAUUUUUUUCCAAUAUUUAAAUUUUUUAAGACUGUUAAAGAUUAUUAUUUUCAUGAAUAAUAAUUUUUAUUAAAAAAAAAACUUAAUAGAAUGUAAAAUUGUGUAAUAUUGUUAGUUGUAAAUAUGUAUCUAUAUAUAUAAAUAUUUUAAGUAUAA